UCUUCCAACUAUCCACACGUCACUCGCAGCGACAGCGACAGUAAGAAGUCAGUGAAGUGAAUUUCUUUUCAGUGAAUGUGGACAUUGUGGUUGUGAAUACGCCGAGGAAAAUGCAAAUUCCAAAUGAAUACGUUUCUACUGCGGAAGAUGUUGCAGAUCAGGUGAUACGCAAAGGCAAAAAUGUCCUGCCCACGGUGGCGAGGCUGUGCCUCAUCAGCACCUUCCUCGAGGACGGCCUCCGCAUGUGGUUCCAGUGGUCGGAGCAGAGGGACUACAUGGACAUGUCGUGGGGCUGCGGCAAGUUCCUCGCUACCAUGUUUGUGAUUAUAAAUCUGCUGGGUCAGAUCGGAGGAUGCGUAAUGGUGCUCGGGAGGCUGAAGGUGGACAUCGCUUGCGGUGUGCUCUUCUUCAUUGUAGUUCUUCAGACAUUCGCCUACAGCAUACUAUGGGACAUGCAAUUCCUGCUCCGUAACCUCGCCCUCAUCGGCGCCCUGUUACUAGUGCUCGCAGAGGCCCGCGCCGAAGGCCGCAGCCUGUUCGCCGGCGUGCCGUCCCUGGGAGAGAACAAGCCGAAGACGUACCUCCAGCUCGCUGGGAGGAUCCUGCUCGCGUUCAUGUUCAUCACGCUGCUGCGGUUCGAGGUGUCAUUCGUACAGAUAAUCCAAGACAUCCUCGGCAGCAUCCUUAUGGUCCUGGUAACGAUCGGGUACCGUACCAAGUUGUCUGCACUCAUGCUCGUGUUGGUCCUCACCGUGCUCAACCUGUACCACAACGCGUGGUGGGCGGUGCCGAGCUACAAGCCGCUCAGGGACUUCCUUAAAUACGACUUCUUCCAGACGCUAUCGGUGAUCGGCGGUCUGCUCAUGAUCGUCUAUUUGGGCCCCGGCGGCGUGAGCAUGGACGAACACAAGAAAAAGUGGUAGGCAGUGCGUUAUGGACGUUACAUGGUGCGAUAUGACGUUGACGAAGGAGCGUCGCGGCCGCCUGUAUAUAUACAAUUAAAUAUAAUAGUGUCGAUGUUAACGUCACUCUACAACUUUAAAGUGUGUUUGUGAAUAUUAGGGACCGGUGUUUUACCUGUAUCCUGAAAGGUAUGUCUGUGUUAGUAAUUUUUAAACCCUUUUUUGUAACCUUUUUGAGCUAAGCGAUUUAUUUUACCAUUGUGGGAUACCGGUAUAUUUACCGGUCACAAUAUCAUUAAGUUUUAGGUCCUUUAUGAAAUUAUGUAUAAACGCCGACGCCGUCUAAAAGAUGGUUACGGCGUCCAAGUCAGACAUUAAGUAAGUUCAAACAUCACCUUGUCCAGAAUAGUUUCAGGAAACAGAAUAGCUAGAAUAACGCAAGACUGCAUCGUAAAGGAAUUGUUGGAAAUAACCUAGGCUGUAAUAUUAUAGGAGUUUUAAUCUUAGACAUGUUCAUUUGUUCUGGCCAUCAUGCGGCCGCGGCCGGCUCCUUAAUGUUUUGUGACUAACCCGCGCGGGUGGUGCUCCAUAAUCGACUGUAAUAUUAAGAGAAUAAGAUUCUAUUUUCAAUAGCCGACGCGCGGGUAAUUAUUAUUAGUUAACGAGACGACAAUAAUAAUGUGGGCACAGUUGACGAUGACCACAAUU